AUGACGGACUCCCUGCACAACGCACCCAUCGUGCUAGACAAUGGCUCGGGCACCAUUCGCGCAGGGUUUGCGGGCGACGAUUUGCCAAAGUGCUACUUCCCCUCCUUCGUCGGUCGGCCGAAACACUUGCGAGUGCUGGCUGGCGCGUUGGAAGGUGAGGUCUUCAUCGGCCAGAAGGCCGCAACCGAACUCAGAGGCCUCUUAAAGAUCAGGUACCCGUUAGAACAUGGUAUUGUCACCGACUGGGACGACAUGGAGAAGAUAUGGGAGUACGUGUACAGCGAAGGACUCAAGACCAUGAGUGAAGAGCACCCGGUUCUCCUGACAGAACCUCCGCUAAACCCCCGUGCCAACCGCGACACAGCCGCCCAGAUCCUAUUCGAGACGUUCAACGUCCCCGCCCUCUACACCUCGAUCCAAGCAGUUCUCUCCCUCUACGCCAGCGGCCGCACCACCGGCUGCGUAAUGGACUCCGGCGACGGAGUCUCGCACGCCGUACCCGUAUACGAAGGCUUCGCGAUCCCGAGCUCGAUACAACGGAUUGACGUGGCGGGCCGGGACGUGACGGAGUACAUGCAGACGCUGCUGCGCAAGAGCGGCUACGUGUUCCACACGAGCGCGGAGAAGGAGGUGGUGCGGCUGAUCAAGGAAUCCGUGUCAUACGUGGCGCUGAACCCGAAGCAAGAGGAGAAGGACUGGGCCAGCACAAAGCUGGACCAGGGCAAGACGGCGGAAUACAUACUACCGGACGGGAACCGCCUGCGCGUUGGGCAGGAGCGCUUCCGCGCCCCCGAGAUCCUGUUCGACCCCGAGAUCAUCGGGCUGGAGUACCCCGGCAUCCACCAGAUAGUGACGGACUCGAUCAACCGGACCGACCUCGACCUGCGCAAGGCGCUAUACGCCAACAUCGUCUUGUCAGGCGGCAGCACCCUGACCAAGGGCUUCGGUGAUCGCCUGCUGAGCGAGGUGAAGAAGCUCGCGGUCAAAGACAUGCGCAUCAAGAUCUUUGCGCCGCCCGAGCGGAAGUACUCGACCUGGAUUGGUGGCAGUAUCUUGGCGGGUCUGAGCACAUUUAGAAAGAUGUGGGUUAGCAUCGACGACUGGCACGAGGACCCGGACAUCAUCCACAAGAAGCUGACCUAG